CUUAAUAGAGUUGCAUCAAAUGGAGAAAAUGAAGCUCUAUGAUGCUGCAAAAAUUGGAGAUGUAGCAACAUUGCAAGAUUCCCUGCAAGCAGAUCCGAAUAUUGUCGGUGAAGUUUCAUUUGAACGUUCACGAAAUGUUCUACACAUAGCAGCGAUGUAUGGGCAAGAAAGCAUCGUUGAGGCCUUGAAAGUGCACGAGCAGUUAGCUCGGGAUUUAGACUCACAAAAUUCGACACCACUUCACAUUACAGCAGCACAAGGGAGUGUUGAAGUAGCCUCAGUAUUGUUGUCAAUGGCCCACGAGACUCUCUGGUGGCGAGACUGUCAUGGUCUGAACCCGGUUCAUAUUGCAGCCAUCCAUGGUCGUGUCGAUAUCUUGGCCAUGCUGCUUGAAUACAACUUAUCUCCGGCUAUGGAGAGGGUGCAUCGUGGGGAAACAGUGUUGCACUUGUGCGUCAAACACGAUCAACUGAGGGCAUUGAAGUUUUUGGCGAGAAAGGUGGGGGAGCUUUUGUGUGCAAAGGAUGAUGAUGGCGAGACAAUCUUGCAUUUGGCGGCGAGGUGCGAUCAUGUUAAGAUCAUCAAAUACUUGGUGGAUGAUACAAAAAUAAAGAAGCAGACACGAAAUUCCUUGGGCAAAACAGCACUGCAAAUCUUCACCGACAGCCAACACACAAGUAGUCGGCAGUCACAAGUGGAAUUACUUUUGAAGAUUUCGUCAACACAAAAAAUUUCCAAGGUCUUCCCUGACCUGACCGACAUGACAAUGGUGGUGGUCGGCCUGAUAGCCGCAAUGGCAUUCCAGGCUGCUGUCAGCCCCCCAGGCGGGGUGUGGCAGGAAAACACGACAACACACAAGGCCGGCGAUGCAGUGAUGGCAUCUACUCAUCCCAAAUUAUACAAACAGUUUGUUCGUGCUAACACCACAGCUUUCGUUUCAUCAAUCAUCACAAUCUUCCUCGCCACAACCCGGCAGCCAUCUGGACGCAUUCUUUUCCUGCUCAUCUCCUUGUUUGCAAUGUGGGUAUCACUCGCAUCUAUUUCACUCAGCUACGGAGCUUCUAUAAUGUUCGUCUCUCCCAAUUUGGAAACGGAAUCACUUGUUGUUCUUAUUAUCAUAGUGGCGGUUGUGUCACUAGGCAUCAUCGGGUUCAUUUAUGUGUAUAAUAUCAUCCGGGAACGGUGCUUGCACCGGAUGAGUGAUCACCAUACAACUAUCAAAUGGUUGAAGAAUUUGACCGGUGAACUCUUCUCCCGAUUUGGCCACGUUGUACGACCGGAGGCUUCUAUAACCCCGCGAGCGUGACCAUACCUUUGCAAAAUCUAGAAGACUUGUUAUGUGUUUUUUUUGCACAGUUCACCAACAUGUUGGUUAUCUCUUCUCAUCCAAGUGCAUACUAAGUCUAAACUAAAUAAUCCCAACCGUUCCGUGUCAUACUGCCGCCCCAAGCAAAAGUGGGGGCAAGUACACAUGGCCUUUUCUUAUUGGUUUAAUAACUUUAAAUA